AGCAGCUAGUUGGAGUCAGCACAGACAUGGGCUCGCUCCACUUUCUGGGCAGUCUGGCCAGCUGGGAUCCUGGCUUAGGGCAUGUGGCUGGACCAAGCGUUCUCCUGAUGGGAUCUUGGGUCCCGCCGCGCGGGCCGGUGCCCCCGGAGCAGCGGCUGCUUGACACGAGUCUGGCCCUUUCGUCUGUUUCGCAGAUCCAAGGAAACAUCUUCGCGGGCUUUGACGAGACCCUGCUGAGAGGCGCCGAGGCGCUGGCAGCGGUGGACAUUGUGUCCCAGAAAGCGCAUCCCUUCAAGCCAGAUGCCACCUACCACACCAUGAGCAGCGUCUCCUGCACGCCCACCUCCUCCUCCGUGCACCUGCACCACCCGUCCGUGCUGAGCACGCACCACCCGCACCACCCGCACCACCAGCCCUCGCCGGGCUUGGAGGGAGAGCUCCUGGACCACCUCAACUCUGCCCUCCCGCUGGGGGGCGUGCCCGGGCCCGAAGUGGGCUCCACGCCCUCCCACCCGCACUCCCACAUGCCAGCGCUGAACCACAUGGCGCACCACCCUCAGUCCAUGAACCUGCCCCACCCGCACGGCCUGGCCUCGCACGCCGUGCUCGCGGGCCCCGAGACAGAGACAGACCCCCGGGAGCUGGAGUCCUUUGCCGAGCGCUUCAAGCAGAGGAGGAUCAAACUGGGGGUGACCCAGGCGGACGUGGGCUCCGCCUUGGCCAACCUGAAGAUUCCGGGCGUCGGCUGCCUGAGCCAAAGCACCAUCUGCAGGUUCGAGUCGCUCACCUUGUCCCACAACAACAUGGUGGCCCUGAAGCCCAUCCUGGAGGCCUGGCUGGAGGAGGCGGAGCGGGCGCAGAGAGAGGAGAUGACCAAGAAGCGCAAACGCACCUCCAUCGCCGCCCCCGAGAAGCGCUCGCUGGAAGCCUAUUUCGCGGUGCAGCCCCGGCCCUCCUCGGAGAAAAUCGCUGCAAUCGCCGAGAAGCUGGACUUGAAGAAGAACGUGGUGCGCGUCUGGUUUUGCAACCAAAGACGCAAACGCACCUCCAUCGCCGCCCCCGAGAAGCGCUCGCUGGAAGCCUAUUUCGCGGUGCCCCCGGCCCUCCUCGGAGAAAAUCGCUGCAAUCGCCGAGAAGCUGGACUUGAAGAAGAACGUGGUGCGCGUCUGGUUUUGCAACCAAAGACUUUGUGA